UAUUUUAUAUUCAUCAAAUUGAAAUCGAAGUCAGAACCCUUACAUCUUGUACCGACAGCUUACAGGAUGCACCAGCCAAACAAUAUUGCCUUAGGCUUAAUGCAAGCCAAUUUUAUCGAGAUAUUGAGGAAAACUGAAGUUCCAUGCAUCAAAUUUACUUCAAUUGAUGAUGGAGACGUUUUACAUCUCACCUGGUGUAUUGCGUGACAAUUUGUCACAUUUCUAGGAAGUUGGAAUAAAGCGAAUAUAUUACUCGUCUUGCUUUUGGCAAAUAGGUUUAAAAAACACUAUGAAUCAUUCUGAAAGCCUAUCGAAUGAUUUCAGAGUUUACAUCUACGAGUCUGAAUAUCGUCAAAUAGAAGAAUGGACAAUGGAAUCUCAUAACCUUGAGAUUGGUGGUGAUUUAUUUGGUUUAUGGCAAGACAACUGUACUGCAGUAGUGCAACUUGUUCUUGGUCCCGGAAAGGGUUGUCAAAGAACCGCGACGUCUUUCUAUCAAGAUGUAGAUUACCUUGAUCGAGUUGGUAAUCACCUUACAAGCAAAGAAAGUCUGUGCCAUAUUGGAGAAUGGCACUCGCAUCAUAGGCUGGGUUUGACGAGGCCAAGUAGAGGGGACGACGACACUGUUUACAGGAAUAUGCGUAAAUAUGGCAUCCAUAGAUUUUGUCUUUUUAUUGGCACGAUAAGCCAGGGCACCGCUAAUGUUAACCCUUUCUUACUGAACAAAGACAAUAGACGAUUGUGCAGAACAAAGGGUGACGUCUUGUUUGAUAUUGCAAAUUGUCACGUCAUAGAGUUUGUUGUAGGAGUUCGAGGAACGACAGGAACUGUUCAAAAUUCACAUCGUCUUUAUAYUGCCUCGUUUCAUUCCGAAUUUGUCAUGGCGAUUAAUGAAACUGAGGAUCCAAACUUUGGACAAGAGACAAAUGACAACUUUAAAUUAUACAUGUUUGAAGACGAAGUUGAUGAGAUUAAGCGCUUUAUUCAAGAGUCAAACGACCCUCAAGGSUGUUUGCUAGGGCUUUGGACAAGCAGUCGUAAUCCAGUUGUCCAUAUUGUUCAACUAAAAGAUACUGUUAGUGAAAGAUAUCUUUUCCUAAAGAAUGACCGAUCCACAUUGCCAAAAUAUGAGAAUGCUGAUAAGAUUUUUACACGAAUAGGACAUUGGUAUUUCAGCCAAACUGAUCAAAUUGGUUGUACAAGUCAAGAGACAARAGAUCGGGACCAAGGAUUUGUCUAYCUCAAAGUGACAAAGACAGCCGAGGGCGAUUUGRACUUUCUUCCUCAACGCUUCUGCAAAGGAGAAAUGUUCAUUGGAAGCAAAGAAAUACUUGCGGGACGAAAUCCAUUCAAACUAUCAAAGCAUGAAGGGCAGCGGGAAGACGAAGAAAGCUCAGAUAACGAAAAUAUUGGAAUAGUAGCGUGGAGGGUGGGACAUUUUGAAGMCCUGMRCAAGACUUCUUCAGGUGAUUGUGAGAGUCAGUUGAGAUGGUAUGAACGUGAUGAUGGUCUCAUGUCCCUGCGACAAAUACAURGCUUACUGGAGGAGACAACCCAAUCUGUCGAAAUUAAAAGAGACAUACAAAGUCUAAGUCUGUUACUUCUAUUUAGGCUUGACUCAAAACAAUUCAGGCUUGACUUUCCAUCAAAGUUUCCUGAAAGUGRCGCUAUACUAUACCAGGAAAUAGAAAGAAAUGAUCCACAAUGUAUGUGCAAUAUAAAAUUCAACAAACCACAGGAAUUUGUACAUGAGGUCAUUAAUGCGUGCAUGUAUAGACUUUCAUAGACCAGUAUUGUAUACCAAACUUUAUUACACUUUAACCUCUCAGAACCUCUCAGUCGCACAUUUUCAAAUAAUGAUGUGUGAAAUAGAAUGAAAAUAGCUGUGCUUGUAAUAAAAAAGUAACAACUGAUUUA